AUGCCAACUCAUUACCAAAUUGAUACAUUUGUAUCUUACAGGCAAAACACUUCUACAGUUCAAAACUUUGCCUUUGAGCUCCUACUCUCUCAACAUCCUGAUCAGAGGGGUAAAUUGGUGUUGGUUCAAAUUGCAAAUCCUGCCAGAGGCCGAGGGAAAGAUGUGCAGGAAGUCCAUGCUGAAACUUAUGCUACUGUAAAGAGAAUAAACCAGAAAUUUGGAAGGACUGGAUAUGAACCAGUUAUCUUGGUUGAUAAGCCUCUUCAGUUCUAUGAGCGCAUUGCUUUCUAUGCUGUCGCGGAGUGCUGUCUUGUUACUGCAGUAAGGGAUGGAAUGAAUCUAAUACCUUAUGAAUAUGUUAUAUGCCGGCAAGGAAUGGAGAAGCUGGAUGCUACCUUGGGCUUGAACCCCACAGCAUCAAAGAAGAGCAUGUUGGUGGUUUCUGUGUUUAUUGGUUGCUCUCCAUCUCUCAAUGGUGCAAUAAGGGUCAAUCCAUGGAAUAUUGAUGCUGUUUCUGUAGCUAUGGAUUCUGCUUUAAUUGUCUCCGAGGCAGAGAAGCAGAUGCGGCAUGAGAAGCACUAUAAAUAUGUGUGCACUCAUGAUGUGGCAUAUUGGGCUCAGAGCUUUUUGCAACAUCUUGAAAGAGCAUGUAGGGAUCAUGUGAGAAGGAGGUGUUGGGGUAUUGGAUUUGGCUUAGGAUUCCGUGUGGUUGCUUUGGAUCCUAGCUUCGGGAAACUGUCAGUUGAGCAUAUUGUAUCUGCUUACAAAAGGACCAAACAUCGGGCAAUCCUUUUGGAUUAUGAUGGUACAAUGACAGUCAGAAACUCUAUCAGCAAGGGUCCAAAUGCAGAGGUUAUUAGUAUCUUAAACAGCUUGUGCAGGGAUCCAAAGAAUAUUGUUUUCAUUGUUAGUGGAAAAGACACAAAGACUUUAAGUCAGUGGUUUUCUUCGUGUGAAACACUAGGCCUUGCUAUUUAUACGGCUGAUAAUUCUAGGCGCAACUGA